GUUAUCACACACAAAAGACACACACAUUGUUUAUUGUGACACACAUUCUGUGCAUAUUUUAGCAAUCCACCCCCCACACACAUGCAUACACACACACACACACACACACGCACACACACACGCACACACACAACAAGAUAGGGGGAAAUCUGUGUGAGGCCUGCCCCCUACACACUCACACCAGUUGGAGAGUGCUUUGUGCACUCAUACAUUGACUGGGCAGGAGAGAGAGAGUCUAGUGGGUGGAGGUGGAUGGAGACUAGAAAGAGACGGUGGGACUGCGGAGGGAAGCCAGACAGGAGGAGAUGCAGCUUGUAAAGAAGGGGCACUCAGCACUGACUGGAGAGAGGAGAGAAAGAACAACUGAUCAGGAUAAGUGCGGGAAUAGGAAGGGGAAGCGGGCCUGUCCAACAGAGAGGAAGAGAGGGAAUUGUUGUUCCAGGGGCAGGAGGGAACUGAUGGGAUGGCAUUGAUCCCUGGGAGCUGCCACUUCUUGGGCCAAAUGGCGUCUUGUUGCUGCAGACCGCUGCUCAACUCCUCCUGCUGUGGACCCCUCAUCAAAUUCUGCCUCUCCUCCUUCACAGACAUCUCUCCCGCUGAGCUGGAUGCCCUGUGGAGGGAACCAUCAUACACUCUCGGGGGAACCAAUGACCACUUCUCAGGAAAUGACAUCAUGACUGAAGGAGCAGGUGAGGAUGAUGAUGGCCCCCUGGUGGAGUCAGGUGAAGGAGUCCUGGAGCCAGGACACCAGUGGAAGAGGAAAGCAGCCUUCCUUAGAGGAAGUCGGGUGACACUGGAAGACAAAUUCUCCUCAGAAAUUAUUCUCUUUUUUACUGGACGGCGACGCUCCGGUGAGGAUCCUGACCAGGCACUCCAAGAGUCCCUGCGCACCCGACUCCGAGUAGUGGAGAGCAACAGCAAGGAUGUCAUCCAGUUAUUUAAAGACAUGUCUGCACGUCUGGUGUCUGUCCAUGCAGAGAGAGACAGCUUUGUCCUCACAUUCAAAACUGUGGAAGAAAUUUGGAAGUUUUCGACGUAUUUAGCAUUAGGCUAUGUUGCUCGCUGCUUGGAGAACUUCCUUUUUGAUCAGUCCUUUUGGCUGGACCCAAAACUUCUCAGUGACUUGGAGAUAAACGUAACAGUGGAUGAGGAUCAGCUGGCUACCCUCUACUUGGCACUUUUACUUCAGGAAGGAUCUUUCUUUGCUAAAGCAGUCUAUACAAGAGUUGAGGAGGACGACGAAGAACAGCUGUCUUUCAAAAAGAACGACCUGCUGACGGUGAAGGACACAGGACAGGACGACAUGUGGGAAGGCACCCUGCUCUCCACUGGACACCACGGGCUGGUGCCCGUUGAUUGCACUCAGCCGUUGCCCUACCCUUUCUACCAAUGGUUCCUGAAGAAUUACCCAGGGUAUGCGGGGUGCUCACCAACCGAAAAGGAAUCGUUUGAACAUCCACUUGUGACAGGUUUGUGUGCCGCUGUGGUCGACUACAGUCCAGUGGGCCAAGAUGAGCUCCAGUUGAGUCAAGGUGACACUGUAGAGAUCCAGGGUCUACUUGUAAGAGGCUUGGGCGUCUUCAUUGGAAAACACUCCUCCACUGGUUGUACUGGUUUCGUCCACAAGGCCCACGUCAAACCGCUGGACAUCAUGCCUCUAGACAGACAAUUGGUCUUUCUGACGGAGGAGGAGCGGGCCACCCUGGCUCAGACUGACCCGUUCAGUUCUGAGCCAAGUGAUAGCAACCUACUGGAAAAGCUUUUCUCAUCUGACAUCAGCUCUGUGUACAGGCUAGACAGGCUGGAUGAGUCUGACUUCAUGUACAUCAGGAAUCGUCCCAAACGCGAUCACAAGGUCCCUGCAAGCACUCGUCAGAGCGUCAUGUCGGAGAGAAGCGGAGGAACACCCCCGUACCAUUCCUCUCCCCGUCCAUCGCUAUCUCACUCCUCCCCCCGUGUGUCCCUGUAUCAGUCCCACAAUCCUCUGCCACACGACGGAGAGCCCUUGUCCUUCACUCUUGACGACACAUUCAGGGAACUGAGUGAGUUCCAGGAGGACCCGCCUCCCUUCUUAGAGGAAAACAGUUGGGAGGGGGAGGAGUCAGAACUCAGUGACCCCACGUUGACCUUACUAAACCAUGAUCACUUCCAGGAAGACUUCCUGCCCCUGUACGACCUACAGUGUUCCUUCCUGUGGGUGACCUUCAAUGGGAAGAAUGAAAGUGAGCUCUCAGGGCGGCUUGAGAGUGUGAGGGAAUGUGCAAAGAGGAUGGGCAUGCAUUGGGCACACAGACGAGCAUGCUUCCUUCUGGGAAGACUAUGUGCCAGGAAGCUGAAGCUAUCCCAGGCCCGUGUGUACUAUGAAGAAGCUCUAAGUGUUCGUGUUGACAGUUUCAGCGACACGCCACUGCUCAUUGCUCUCCUAACCAAUGUUACCGCCGUCUACCUGAAGCAGCGUAUGACAGACAAGCUGCCCCUCACCUUGGAAAAGGCCAGCGCUGUGCUCCUCUGUCUUCCCAACCAUGCCUACACAUCCUCAGAUGAAAUUGAGCUGCUCAAGCUGCUUCUGAGGAGAUCCGUGGUCAUGGGAGAUAAAUACCUCGAGGCCCGCGUGUGUUACCUUAUUUCCAGCCUCUUCCUGCUUCUCCGGAAACCGGAUGAUGCUCUUCCCUUUGUUGAGCGUCUUCAGUUCCUAUCCUUGACUCUCUCAGCUAAUGACGGGCAUCCCAUAGUGCCCUUGGACCUCAACUGGCUACUGAGCUGGCUCUAUCACCGUAAAUACAUGCCUUAUCUGGCACUGGCUUCUCUGAGCCUAGACUCAAGACAAGACCACUCACUCUACGAUGCCUUCCAGAGGAUUGAGCUGUUCAUCAGAAACGCGGUGCGACUGAACCCAUUCUGGAAGGAGGGAACCUCUCUGCUCCCUGCCCAGAUUGUAGUCUACCUCCUCCAGGCUCUUGCUAUAGCUGAGAAAGAUGACGACUUAAAGACGCAGAGGGACCUGUGUCUCGGCUUGGCCUCUGUUUAUCAGCAGUAUGAUGCCCUUGAUAAAGCUGUGCGCUGUGCUCAGCAAGCAGUGGAGACAGGAGCCUUCAUUAAUGAGGAGGAAGGUUUCGAGGCGUCUGUUCUGCUUGGUUGGCUGCUGGUGUUAACAGGACAGGCUGAGAAAGCUCAGUGUGUCCUCGAGCCACUGCUUGUGUCACUGCAGGUACAAGAACACACAGAAUUCCUUUCAUCGAAUGUAUAUUAUGUUUUAAGAUGCACACCUCCACAGGGCACAGAUAGCUCCACUCAGAGAGGCGUCAUCCACAAUCUCUUAGCUUUGUGUCUGAGGCAACAGGGCUGCAUACCAGAGGCAGGCUGGCAGCUCCACUCGGCCUUGAUGAUAUCAAGGGAAAGUGGAAACCAGAGGAAUCAGGCCCUGGCACUCGCCAACCUGGGCUGCCUGGCACUGGAUGCAGGGGCGUCCACAUUGGCAGAACAUUUCUUGGUCAGAUCCUUGCACCUUUUUCUGGAGCUAUGGGAGAGCCCCACAGAUGAGGAGCAUGUCCAGACCUACCUUUGGUUGGGAAGGAGCUACAAAGACAGGGGGAAGAGUCACAACAUCAGGGUGUGCUAUGAAAUGGGGCUUCUGAUUGCACUGCAUGCUAGAAACCUGCCCAGUCAAUUGGUGGUGGCCAAGGUUCUGAGUCGGUUGUAUUCCGACAUGCUGCUCUAUGGUCAAAGCAUCGUCUACUAUGAACACUGUGUGUCGGUUUCCAGAGAACUGAAGGACAAGAGGCUGGAAGGAGAGUACCUUGAAAUCCUAAGUAGCCUCUACCUCUCACUAAACACUGAAAGAUCAUCUCGUAAGUCUCUGGACUACACAAAGCAAAGCCUGAGGAUUUCUAUUGAUUUGGGUAAGAGAGAAGAAGAGUCUGAGACCUGGUUGCAGGUGGGAAGGAUCUACUAUCUCAUCCAGGAGGACGAGCUGGCCGACAUGUACUUGCAGGCAGCUGUGAAGACAGCCCUGAGAAUGAACGACCCUUAUUUUUCAAUGAGCAUCUAUGAAGAGGCGGGGGACGUCUACUUUAAGGGUCACAGGAACAGGAUGGCUUCAGUGCCUUUCUACAGGGAUGGCAGUUUACCAUUUGCACGAAGUAUUAGAGACACCCAUUCAGAGUUUCGCUUGUUGAGUAAACUAACAGAGCUGUUAAUGAACCAGGGGGAGCAGGAGGAGGCGCUGCAAUACGCGACUCUUGCUGUUGAGAUUGCGAACCAAACAGGCGUGCAUGUGAAUGAGAGGACAGCCUACCACAGACUGGCGACGGUUUACUACAGCCUGCAGCAAUACGAGUUGGCAGAAAACUACUAUCUCAAGUCCCUGUUUCUCUGUCCGCCCGUGCUGCAGCAUGCAAAGGAGGCUCGCUACUACACUCAGGUCUACUGCAGGCUGGGUAAUCUCACUCUGCACAAGCUCAAGGAUGCUUUUGAUGCAGUGGGUUACUUCCACCUGGCUCUGGCAGCUGCACUGGAGGAUCGGGCUAACCCACAGGCUCUGUACGUGGUGUACAUGAAGCUGGCCGAGAUCCACGGCAACCACAUGCCUGAUGCUCAGCUGUGCCAGCUUUACAGAGACAGAGCCCGCAGUCUGAAGAGAGUCCUGUCAGGAGUGGAAGUGGAGGAGGAGGAAAUUGUGAAGGAUAUAAGUGAAGGUUAUGACAGUGAGCCAUUCCCAAGAACUUGUCAAAUCCAAGGUGAAGCCUGCAGUGAUAUUGCUAAUGAAGACGAUAAAAGGAAGGAGGAUGAAAACAGUCCUGCUCCCGAUACUGAAAGUCAGAUUGUUGACGCCUCUGGAUUUAUCACCUGCCGAUCGUACAGUGAGGGUAUCUUGACAGAGUCCUUUGACACAGCCAGAGAGCACAUGUCAGACUCCUGCAGCUUCACUGACACUGUACAAAAUUCCCAAAGGCAAAUGAACAGCAAUGAUUUGAUCUCUAGUAACCCCAGUCACACAUCGGAGGAGGAAACGGUCGUGGAUGCAGAGCUUCUUCAGAAAGAUCCCUCUCAGAUAGACAGAUAAGAACUUUCCAUCCUAAGUGGACUUACAUGGAUAUGUGGAUGAGCCACGCAACAAAUUCCCAGUGGCACUUUAUGCUCCUCACUGACAUUUCCUUAGUCUGGUCACAUGUCACAUUGGCCAGAAUGCAAUGUUCCAACAGCAUGGCACUUAUUGUACAGAAAGAGAGGUCGCGCUAAAAGAUGUGCCUUUUUUAUGACGUUUGGCCGAGAUAUAACAAUGUCCUGGUGAUGUAGGUUUUUUAAACAUCUUUGAUACUGUAGCUCUGCAAGAAAAGUCUAAAAUGAUGUUGUAUGUCUUUUUCACCAACAAAAAAAACAGGAUAAAUGCAAAUUGAUUAAAUUAAAUGAAUAAAUUAUUUCUGAAUCACAUUAAAAGUAAAUCGUCCAGUGUUUCUCCGCCACAAAAAGAUUUGUCGCUACUCUGAGACUGUCUGUGAAAGUAGCUUGUCCUUCCAACUCCACAUGUUGGAUGGCAUCGGAAGCUUUUCAACACACCUCAUCCACACCUGGGGCCUUACUUAUAAAAGUAAGUUAUGUACGCCGUUUUUCACGCAAAGGAUGGUACCAAGGUAGCGGUUUACAAGACACAGAGCUAAUAUGUCCUUAGUGCUCCGUUUCUGGGUUGUUGUUUUUUUGGACAAUUCAUCCAAAAAAAUAAGACAUAUGUCAAGUAUGUCAUCAAUGGCAACAUUUAUUUACCAUGGCACUUAUUUGCGUGGACAGUAUCAGGGCCGUGUGCGUAAACUUUCUCUUUCCUUUUCCACAAAUUAUGUUUUUUUUUUGUUGUGCUUUGAAACAACAUAUAAUAGUUCCUCAUAAAAUAAUUAUAAUAUCCCUAAUAUUUUGAUGGUGUUAAUGUCAUCAUUAAGGUAAAUAUUAUUUAACUAUCCAUCUGAAAUGACAGCAAUUAAUUUUCAACAAAAUUUCCUCCCCGUUUUGAGUCAUUGCGUCUACCUUUGAAUGAAACGGAUUUUGCUAAGCUUGUAUUCAUCUAAAAUGUGGUAUCGAUUAGGAAAAACGUAAAAACGUGCUCACUAAAAAUGGAAAUGUGUGCCUUGACAUCCGGACACUUUUUUCAAGCUCUGCCACAGUGCGCCGUGUUCCACUGACGCUGUUGACAGCGGGCGCCACCUGCUACCUCUAGCUCAGGGGUCACCAACGUUUUUUCUUGCGAGAGCUACUUUUAGAAAAUUAAAAUGGCCACCAGCUACUCAUUUUUGUAGAAAUGAUUUUUAUACCUUAUUUCAACCCCAACAAAUCAAAUAUGCUUGUUUUACCAAAUCAUUCACAAAAUGCUGGUAUCCACAACUCACAUUUUAUGUUUCAGAAUACUUUUCUUUCUGGUGUUCUCACAUUAUUAACUGAAAAGCUGAAUGAAAAGCAGGCCUGCGGGCGCCUCAUGUGGUCAUGGGGGGCUACCUGGUGCCCGCGGGCACUGUGUUGGUGACCCCUGCUCUAGCUCAUCUUCCUCUUUUUCGGAACGCCCCUGCUGUGUCCUCCAAAUGUUAUGUUUUUUCGGGCUUCCAGCUCUCCAACUAAGAUUUCCACCUCAGUCUCUGUGAAGUUCCGCUUCUUCGUCUUCAGAAGAACCGGGCGAAAUGCAAUCAAGGGUCGUUAAAUAUGGAUGCCGCAUUCAUGAGCCACUUUGCAUUGACCAUUUAUGCCGAAUUGAAGCCAUGGAGAGGGCGUGACGUGGGGUGGAGGUGUGUACACACAUUUGGACAGUUGGUGAAGCACAAAUUGCAUGAAUGUGUGCGUAUGCCACUGUUUUUCAGGUCUGAAUAUUUUUGUCCAUAUGCACAUUUUGGGUUCCUGGCGUACACAGACUUUUUAGUCAGAUUUCCAUGCAUAGUUUUAUAAGUGAUGCCCAUUGUCUGCCAGAGAAUAAGACGAGGGAGGGAUCAAUGUUGCCAACUUAUCAACUCUGUUACAGUGUUGUUUUUGUCAACGAUGCCGAAAUUAAUUUGAUGACAACCAAUUUUUUUAUGACGAAAACGAAACGUGGCUCUCUGAUUCCGAAAACAUGACGAGCCAUGAGUGAAUUUUCAUUAAGCAGAUGAAUAUGUUGGUGGGUGCUCUGUCAAACCACAGGAAGUACUGAAUAACAAUGUGACUUUCCUAAUGAUGUGUGAGUGUGAGUGUGUGAGUCUACAUCCAAAAGUUUGGACACACAACACAACCCCAUUGUCCCAAACCCAUUAGUAAGGCGAGAAAUUCCACUAAGUAACCCUGACAAGGCACACCUGUGAAGUAAAAACCAUUUCAGGUGACUGUCUCAUGAAGCUCAUUGAGAGAACACCAAGGCUUUGCAACGCUAUCAAAAAAGCUACUUUGAGGAAUCUAAAAUAUAAGACAUAUUUAGUUAUUUCACACUUUUUUAAGUACAUAACUGCACAUGUGUUCAUUCAUAAUUUUGAUGCCUUCAGUGAGAAUCAAGUCAUGAAAAUGGUAGGUGUGUCCAAACUUUUGGCCUGUAUGGUAUAUUAGUUCUAACUUCUGUCUUAUUUUCACUUAUUUUGUCUACUAUAUUGAGUAAUAUGAGUGUAACGGUGACUAUAGUGGUGUUAUCUCAUGUCUAGACGUCUCUAAUAAUGUUAAAAAGUAUAUUCAGGAGGUUGUAAACAGUUUGUCUAUGCUCUAAAUUUGAAAAUAUUCCAUUUAUAAAUAAGGAAUCCUACUUUGAGGAAAUUUACUCAUCACGGUCUGGAACCAAUUCACCGCAAUAAA